CGCGCCACUCACACAUUUGGCAAAAUGCCCUUGUAGUCUACUUCUCUCACCCUCGAGCUACUCUACAGCCCUCACUGGCACUAAUAAGUGAAUUCAGCAGACACAACCAAAAAGGUGACUGAGUUAAUGGAACGUAUGGCGAGAAGCAAUGAGGUACAUUUGAUGAAAAUGGUAUUUGCAAACAUAUGCGAAAUCUGAGUUUUCAGUCGUGAUGCUAAAUCAACAACCUCGAGCGGGAGGAAAUUGACUCCACAGACACGCGCGAGCUCUUCUCAGCGUCCAAGCCCGAUGGUGAUUGCAACGGAGGUUCCCGUGGCAGGACCGAGGCUGAGCAGGUAUGCUCUUGGGGGAGUGUAGUUGUACCAGUAGGCUACUGGAGGCUCUGUGUGGCAGGAGGAGGGUGAUGGUGUCGAUCAUGAAGCUUCCCUGCUCCUUCUACUGCUCCCUCUGGUUCCUCCUGCUCUUGGGAGCCGGGUCUUUACUCCUCCUCGUACAUCUCCAGGACCUCUCAGACAUGCUCCAACAGCAGACCCCAGGUGCAAAGUUGAUGGUUGCUCCAAGGUGGCCAAUUCCAAAGGAGCAAUCCUUUGACAGUGCAGUCGUUAUAGGCAUCAACCUGGGUGGAGGUUUCCAUGGAGCACCAGGGGUAGAGAUGUCCUCUUACCCCAGCCUCCCUACUCCUAGCCCCAGACAACCUCCAGCCUUCCAGUGGCUGCCCCAUCCAGCCACCCCAACCUCUGGGGACCAGCAGGCCGAGAGCACCAGGCGACCCCUCACCAAACGCCACAGGAAGCUGCUGUUAAAGAGCGGGUCUGUAACCCCUGGUGGUGCCCGCUCUGGUGAAGAGGACAGUCGGCUACAGGGCCUGGCGCAAACCCAGGCGUCCCGCCGCCGCCUGCUCAGGGAGGUCUGCGCCAAAUACCAGCCGGGUGUCACCGAGCGCCCCGUGUCCCGCCGGCAGGUGUCCCGCGUCUACGUGGAGGACAGGUCAGGCCUGCUGUACUGUGAGGUGCCCAAAGCCGGCUGCUCCAACUGGAAGCGGGUGCUGAUGGUCCUGGGCGGCAGCGCCACCUCCACGCACAUCAUCGCCCACGACGACGCCCACUACGCCAACCAGCUCCGCCGACUGGACGCCUUCGACCAGGCGGGCGUGGCCAAGCAUCUCCGCUCCUACACCAAGGUCCUCUUCGUACGGGAGCCCUUCGAGAGGCUUGUGUCGGCCUUCCGUGACAAGUUUGAGAGCCCCAACUCGUACUACCACCCGGUGUUCGGCCGGCCCAUCAUCUCCCGGUAUCGGGCCAACGCCUCACGCUCCGCCCUGCGGACCGGCGCCGGGGUCACCUUCAGAGAGUUUGUCCAGUACCUGUUGGAUGUGAGGCGGCCCGUGGGCAUGGACAUCCACUGGGAGCCGGUCAGCCAGCUUUGCAGCCCCUGCCUGCUGCGCUACGACUUCAUAGGGAAGUUCGAGAACCUGAAGGAGGAGGCCAACUUCCUGCUACGGAGCAUCGGGGCACCUAGAAACCUAACUUUCCCUGACUUUAAAGACAGGAACCCAAAGGCAGAAAGGACUUCCUCCUCCAUCACCCAGAGAUACUUUGAACAAUUGAACUCCACAGAAAGACAGAGGGCCUAUGACUUUUAUUACAUGGAUUAUCUGAUGUUUAACUACCCCAAGCCCUUUAAAGACCUGUACUGAGGUACUGGCUGGAUUGCCAGGUUGAGGUUAUUAAUAUGAACACUACGGAAGAGAUUAUUAUCCUGUGGGACUUGAACAAGCACUACAGGCACAUUCAUGUAAAAUAUUAUUUUUUACGGGUCUUAUUUACAAAUGGCUAAAAUAAUGAUUUAAUGUAAUUACUUUGGACAUAGGUUGUAGGCCUACAGCUUUUUGUCAUAAAGCUUUGUAUAGUGUGUCAAAUGCAUUUGCAUUGAUUGGCAGACCAGUGACUUCUAUGAAGUGACCUGUACUUUGGGUAAAGAGUUAGUGAUCUGUUAUUGUUAUUGUUUUUCAGCCUUGUUAUGUGAAGGUAUACUUUUUGGUCCUCUUCAAUAAUGUGUAUUCUUAUGCUCAAGCCUAAGUUCAUGAAAAGAAGGGAAAGAGAGAGGCUAGAUAUACUAAUUUUGUAUUUAAUCUUUAUUUAACUAGGCAAGUCAG